UACGCCCCCCCCCCCUCCCUUCCCCACCACCCAUCCAGGUGCCACGGCUUAAGAUGGCAGAUCGUGCAAUGCUGAAGAAAAAUACAUAGACGAUGUGCUCGCUGCUGCUGCUGUUGAAGGCUUCGACGUUCAUUUAAGGAUUAACGGCACCGCAAAUGAACUCCGUCAGAGCAAGUAACGUUAGCAAAAGACCUAGGCGAGUGUCGAGGCCGCGCCCGGUACAGCCGGAGAGGAACCACCAGGAAAGAGAUCUCUUCUUCACUUCUAAUCAAUGAUGAGGACGUUCCUGCAGAUAUGGUCGCAGAAGAAUCCGGUCCAGGAGCUCAGAACAGUCCCUACCAACUUAGAAGAAAGUCUCUACCCAAGAGAACAGUGUGUCCGACAAAGACUAACAUGGAGGGUGCUUCCACUUCAACCACAGAAAACUUCGGACACCGACCUAAACGCCCAAGAGUUUCAGCAAAGUGUCAAGACUUACCGGCAGCUCCAGCAGAGCAGUAUCUGCAGGAAAAGCUUCCAGACGAGGUUGUGCUUAAGAUCUUCUCGUACCUGUUGGAGCAGGACUUGUGCCGUGCAGCGUGUGUAUGCAAGCGCUUCAGUGAGCUGGCCAACGACCCAAUCCUCUGGAAGAGGCUGUACAUGGAAGUGUUUGAAUACACGCGCCCCAUGAUGCACCCCGAGGCAGGGAAGUUCUACCAGAUAAACCCAGAAGAGUAUGAGCAGCCAAACCCGUGGAAGGAAAGCUUUCAGCAACUGUAUAAAGGUGCACAUGUGAAGCCGGGCUUUGCAGAACACUUCUACAGUAAUCCCGCCAGGUACAAGGGGAGAGACAAUAUGUUUUACUAUGACACCAUUGAGGAUGCUCUUGGGGGGGGGCAGGAGCCUCACUUCGACGGCCUGAUAUUCGUCCACUCUGGUAUUUACACAGACGAAUGGAUCUACAUUGAGUCGCCUAUAACAAUGAUUGGAGCCGCUCCUGGUAAAGUAGCAGAGAAGGUCAUCAUUGAGAAUACCAGAGACUCUACAUUCGUAUUCAUGGAAGGCUCCGAAGAUGCUUAUGUUGGAUACAUGACAAUCAGGUUCAACCCUGAUGAUAAAUCCGCUCAGCAUCACAACGCCCACCACUGCUUGGAGAUCACAGUCAACUGCAGUCCCAUCAUUGACCACUGCAUCAUACGCAGCACCUGCACCGUGGGGUCAGCAGUCUGUGUCAGUGGACAGGGGGCUUGUCCCACGAUCAAGCACUGCAACAUUAGUGACUGUGAAAACGUCGGUCUUUACAUCACUGACCAUGCGCAGGGAAUAUAUGAAGACAACGAGAUCUCAAACAACGCUCUGGCUGGGAUCUGGGUUAAAAACCACGGCAAUCCAAUCAUCAGACGGAAUCACAUCCACCACGGCAGAGACGUCGGCGUUUUUACCUUCGACCACGGCAUGGGUUACUUUGAGAGCUGCAACAUCCAUAGGAACCGCAUCGCCGGCUUCGAGGUGAAGGCGUACGCCAAUCCAACUGUGGUCCGCUGUGAGAUCCACCACGGGCAGACGGGGGGCAUUUACGUGCACGAAAAGGGCCGCGGGCAGUUCAUCGAGAACAAGAUCUAUGCAAAUAACUUUGCCGGGGUGUGGAUCACCUCAAACAGUGACCCCACGAUAAGGGGCAAUGCCAUUUUUAAUGGCAACCAAGGUGGAGUUUAUAUUUUCGGGGAUGGCCGAGGCCUCAUCGAAGGAAACGACAUCUACGGCAACGCCCUGGCAGGAAUCCAGAUCAGGACGAACAGCUGCCCCAUCGUCCGACACAACAAGAUCCACGAUGGCCAGCAUGGCGGCAUCUAUGUGCAUGAAAAGGGACAAGGCGUCAUAGAGGAGAACGAGGUGUACAGCAACACGCUGGCAGGAGUGUGGGUGACCACGGGCAGCACGCCAGUCCUGAGGAGGAACCGUAUACACAGCGGGAAGCAGGUUGGGGUCUACUUCUAUGACAAUGGCCACGGCGUGCUUGAAGACAAUGACAUCUACAAUCACAUGUACUCUGGCGUUCAAAUCAGGACCGGCAGCAAUCCCAAGAUCAGGAGGAACAAGAUCUGGGGAGGCCAGAAUGGAGGCAUUUUGGUCUACAACUCAGGCUUAGGCUUCAUUGAGGACAACGAGAUCUUUGACAACGCCAUGGCUGGUGUUUGGAUCAAGACCGACAGCAACCCAACUCUAAGGAGGAACAAGAUCCAUGACGGGCGAGAUGGCGGGAUCUGUAUAUUCAACGGAGGACGAGGCUUGUUAGAGGAAAACGACAUCUUCAGAAAUGCCCAAGCAGGCGUCCUAAUUAGCACCAACAGCCACCCCGUCCUGCGGAAAAACCGGAUAUUCGACGGCUUUGCGGCAGGUAUUGAGAUCACCAAUCAUGCCACAGCAACUCUAGAAGGCAAUCAGAUCUUCAACAACCGCUUUGGCGGAUUGUUCCUGGCAUCGGGUGUCAACGUUACAAUGAAAGAUAAUAAAAUAAUGAACAAUCAGGAUGCCAUUGAAAAGGCUGUGAGCAGAGGUCAGUGCCUGUACAAGAUUUCAAGUUACACCAGCUACCCAAUGCACGAUUUUUACAGGUGUCACACCUGUAACACAACAGACCGCAACGCCAUCUGUGUGAACUGCAUCAAGAAGUGUCACCAAGGACACGACGUGGAGUUCAUCAGACACGACAGGUUCUUCUGUGACUGCGGUGCCGGCACGCUGUCCAACCCGUGCACAUUAGCUGGAGAGCCAACCCACGACACCGACACACUAUACGACUCGGCUCCUCCUAUAGAGUCCAACACACUGCAGCACAACUGAGCCUGAGACCCGACCCCCUCUUACGCUACAACGGACAUCAGACACUUUGAGUUGUGUGGGGUUGGAGAUCCAAAACGCAGAGCGUGUAAAGUGACUAACAACAAAAAAAAAGACAUGAAGAUGCUCGACUGAGACGUUUAAGAAAAAAGGUUUGAUUAUGGAUGGCUCACUUUGUCUUCAAUUAUAUGACUUCAAAAAAGAAAAGGGGGGGGAGAAACAACCAUCGGUGGGAGAGCAGAUGAGCCGCUGACUCAGGGUUUGUGAGAGUGUUGGUUUGGUAAAGUGAAGCUGGUGAGAGAUGGACGAAGAUGUUCACCGGCUUUUAGGAAUCUGAUGAACCAAAUACUUGUACAGACCCAUCGAACAGAGACCGUCACAACAGGCACAACGUUUCUCAUGAGGCAAAAGACCCACCACAUACAAUGCUUCCAUUGCUCGGCAACCGACGUGCUCGUACGAUCUGUACGGGAAAGAUGAACUAGCACUUCAGCUUAUGGUUUUUUUCUCAAGACGACUGUUUUGAUUUUAAUGCUUUUCGUGUAGUUUUGUAUUUUCAUGGAAAAAUCUAACUGUACUUGAAUGUCUUUAUUUUAUUAAGUGUUCAUAUAUUUUUUUUGGGUUAAAUACCCUAGAAUAGCUGUAAUUAUACAUGUCGCAGUAUCCAACUUCUUUCUGUGAAAGAGAUGAGGAAAACACUAAACAUUUUCUCCAGCAACGUUGACUCUUUUAGAUUUGCAAUACCGAACAAUUGAUGCUGAAAUGUGCUUUCACCAGACUUGUAUAUAUUUUUUCUGUUUGGAAGCUUUUUUUUAUUACAUAAUCUAUGCAUAUUUUAUGUUCUGUUUGUAUUAGCCGGUCAUGCAAAACCCAGUUCACAGGAGAGGUGUGGGCUGAAAUGAAGUAUUUUGAGCCAAGACUGCAGUUAAACCAUUAAGGGGCGUGGCUUGUUCAGCCAGUGGACCCAAUGGGAUCUUUUAUUAGCUCUUUUCUGUCCUUUAAAUGAGAAAAGAAAGCAUUACAAUACAUAUGUUAAACAUUUUGUAUGGUUUACUUUGUGAUACAAACUGGUAAUGUCUUCAGUCAAGUAGAUUAUAAAACCGUAUUACAUCUGAACCUGUUUAAGAAUCAAUGUGGUUUUAUGAUCCUCUUUAAUAAAGGCGCACCUGUUCUGUAAGGAUACUUUCUUUUCAGAUAACAAGUCCAGUGAAAGCACAGCUUUACUUUCCAUGUGUUUACCAAUGUUGCUGGAGAAUUUCCAAAGCUUUCACUCUGCUGAAGCUGAGACAAGUAUAUACACACAGAGCUCUAUGGGUUCAUCACCCCCCUCCCCUGUGUACUGGUGAUUGUGGGUUCUCAUACAGACUGAAAUGUAUGCAUGUAUAAUAACAUCUAGACUUAAUAUAUUGUGAAGUAUUCAAUAACCGUUAUGUAGGCUUUAGCGUGAAUUAAAAGGGUUUAAUUUCA